CAUGAAGAAAACCCUAGUUCAAGCGUAUAUAAACCCUCUCGGCGCUGCCAUUGAAACUCUUUCAAGGAGAGAGCUGCUACUCUGCAACCAUGUCGAAGCGAGGAAGAGGAGGAACCUCUGGUAACAAGUUCAGGAUGUCACUGGGUCUUCCAGUGGCAGCCACUGUGAACUGUGCUGACAACACCGGAGCUAAGAACCUUUACAUCAUUUCGGUUAAAGGAAUCAAGGGUCGUCUUAACCGUUUGCCAUCAGCGUGUGUUGGUGAUAUGGUUAUGGCUACUGUUAAGAAAGGUAAGCCUGAUCUCCGUAAGAAGGUGCUUCCUGCUGUCAUUGUUAGGCAGAGGAAGCCUUGGCGCCGAAAGGACGGUGUCUUCAUGUAUUUCGAAGAUAAUGCUGGUGUCAUUGUCAAUCCCAAGGGUGAAAUGAAAGGAUCUGCUAUCACUGGACCAAUCGGAAAGGAGUGUGCUGAUCUGUGGCCAAGAAUCGCAAGUGCUGCGAACGCCAUCGUUUAAGCAAGCUUGAGAUCUCUAUGUUUUGUGUUGAACGUUUAGCAUUAUCUCUAUUUGGGAUUGUUUUUUGUUUUUGUCUUAGACUUUUGUUAUGCCUUAAAGCUGAUUCUAGUUCUUAUAAGAACCUUCGUUUCUCGUGCCAGUUUGUCACCUCAGUGUUUUAGUCUAUCGUAAACUUGUGAUUUGAUUCACUGGUUCUUGUGUUUGUUCGGUUUUGUUUUAAAAAACAUAGAAUUCAAGUGAUUCACACUAUUUUGUUACGCAAUUAGAAAUAUGUUUAGGGCGAAUCAAUUGUGUGAACAGACUUAAGUAGAGCCUAAAAAUUUGUAUAUAACUCUUAUAUUAGCAAGUCAAUUGUGGAUUUGGGAAUCUGUUUUUCAAUAUUUCAUGAAUAAUAGGAAAAUUGUGUAUAUAUCCG